AUGAGUAUCGAGAAAGGUUUGGCGAAUGAGAUCGCCUUCUUCGGUCAGCACGAAUACUGGAACCGACUACCUACACAUCUGUGGGGUGUCCCGAAGCUGGCGGAGCGGUUGGUUGCAAUCUUGCAAGAUAAUAUCCGACGUUCGCUACCAAAGGUGAUCACAGAGAUUAAUUCUCGUAUUGCUGAAACACGACAGUCGUUGUCGAGUUUGGGAACGCCGCUAGAGACGCCCGGAGCGCAGCGCCAACAGUUUGGCAAAUGGGUCAACCAGUAUUUACGUCUAAUGGAAGCUGCCAUGAGCGGCCAGUAUGAACUCUUGUCACCAAUUGAUUCGUCAAAUGAUACCAGCGCGACGCCCGAAGUGCGACUGAGAGCUGGGCUACGACAGAAAGACCUCUUUUUUCGGGCAGAAGUCGAAGCUACUAAGGUGAACGAUCUGCUUGAAUUUGGUGAUUCGUUGUCGCCGAAGAAGGUAGUAGUUGGAGGCCCAAGAUCUCAAAAGGAUGUUGCUGUGGGAGACAGCAUUGCCGUGAUAGAGAGUCAAGAAAUGAUGGUUUGGACAGUGCUGCAGACGCGUGGAACUGAUGUUUUGUGUGCAGAAUUACCGCACGAAUGGUUGGGUGCUUCACGCUGGAAAUUCGCGUCUGGUUUCACGACGAAUAAUGGUUCAAUGGGCCUGAAAGAGUUCAUUCAAGCGAACCGAGGCGACGAACUUACUAUUUUCCCGUCCUACCGCGUGUUUUGCAGCUGUGUGCAACGAAGUGUGAGAAACUGGAAGCGUCCUACACUUAAAUUACUGGAGCACUACUACACUCAGACGAGAUCUACAUCCCACCACCUCAUUUCAACGGUUUUAGCAGGUAGCAAAAGCACUCGCGUCGAGUGGUUCUUUACGACAACAACUGAUCGAGUGCUCGGUAAGUUGAAGGAAGCUGCUCUUCGAGAACUGGAGCUGUUGCUACAGCAUGAAGCUCGACCUUAUACCCAAGAUCCACGUCUAUACGAGGAGCUGGACAGACUCCGUCAACGAGCUUUGCAUGCCCGACUGGAAGCUGCACUUCCACGUGGAGACAAGUACGGGAUGGUUUCUCUAGCCGACGUGUCAAAAGCGCUUGAAGGAGUUUCUAUGGGACCUUUUGCAAUGCCUUCCGACGAUCGUGAAGCUUUGGAGAUGGAGGCAGCGCUACGUGCGUAUCUGGAGGUAGCUUCUCAUCGGUUCGUCGAUGUGGUUCCUAUGAAGUUGAAUGGCUUGUUGCUAGAUACGUUCCUGCGUGAAAUGGAGAGUGAGUUACUGGGCGCUGCAACGGAUGAGAAGGUGGCUGAGCUGCUCCGAGAGGAUGCGGACAAGACAGCACGCCGUCUACAGCUCCUCAAUCAGGUCUCCACUUUUGAGAAAGGAAUGAUGAUAAUCGACAUGAGCGAAUUCUAGCCGCAACAGUCAUACCAUGGUGUAAGAGCUCGAACACUCUAGUAUAAAUGGAGUGAAUCCGUAGUCUGUUUAGGAUCCUA